AUGCAGCUCAAAACCAUCUUCGGCGUGCUCGCCCUCGCCAGCCUGGGGCUGACCUCCCCUACCCCGAACCCAGACGUCGAGGGUUUCGAGGAACGGGACCUCGAAGAACGGCAGUUCGGAAUCCAGAAGCCGUACUGCUGCAAACAAAAGAUUGACACCAAGGACUGGGUCAUUCUGUGGAUUAAGGUUGCCGGGGUGGGGAUUGACUGCGUGCAAACCACCUCGUGCCCCGGUGGCCAGUAUAAGUAUAAGUGCAAGAGUAACUUCCCUCUUGAUGUGAGUCUUCCUCUCUUCUCCCUCUAUCUCUACCUCUAUCAGACAGUGGGGAGAAUCGAUAGACUGAUUCUUGGAUGA